CGACGACAAAGAGAUGAGAUGUUGUUAGCAGGGAGAUCCCAUUACAGAGGACGCAUGUAGUAAUAUGGCCGAAACAAAAGCGUAAGAAGCGAAAUACCUGCCGUCAAAAAAAAAAAAAAAAAAUCGACACAAUUCUUAAAAUCUAAUUUGGUUGUUCGCUAUAACUUUUAGUGGAUUUAUAGGCUUCUCGCGUGGGAAAUGGAGAAGAAAAGGUGGGAUUGCACUGCUCUCCCCAAGGGCUGGAAAAUGGAAGAAGUGACCAGAAAGUCGGGUUUGUCAGCUGGAAAAAGCGAUGUCUAUUAUUUUAGUCCAUCUGGGAAGAAGUUUCGGAGCAAGCCUCAGCUGGCCCGUUACCUUGGUAACCAGAUGGACCUCAGCUCCUUCGAUUUCCGAACAGGGAAGAUGCUGAUGAGCAAGCUGAACAAGAACCGUCAGAGGUUGCGCUAUGAUAACAACAACCAGAACAAGGGCAAACCGGACUUGAAUACAUCACUCCCUGUCAGACAGACGGCGUCUAUCUUUAAGCAGCCUGUUACCAAGGUAACCAACCACCCAAACAACAAAGUCAAGACGGAUCCUCAGAAAGCAGUCGACCAGCCCAGACAGCUAUUUUGGGAGAAGAAACUCAGUGGUCUUAAUGCAUAUGACAUCGCAGAGGAGCUAGUGAAAACAAUGGAACUACCUAAAGGUCUGCAAGGUGUUGGUCCAGGCUGCACAGACAAGACUCUUCUGUCGGCGAUUGCGAGCGCUCUGCACACCAGCGCUGCUCCCAUCACUGGCCAGCUGUCUGCAGCUGUGGAGAAGAACCCGGGAGUGUGGCUCAACACGACACAGCCACUUUGCAAGGCCUUCAUAGUCACUGAUGAGGACAUCAGGAAACAGGAGGAGCUGGUGUACAGUGUGAGGAAAAGGCUGGAGGAGGCACUGAUGGCAGAUAUGUUGGCACACGUCGAGGAGGCUGCCAGCGAUGGGGAGGUUCUGAAGGAGGACGGCAAUGGCAGUGAAGAUAUGGAGAGCGUAUAGCACAGGGUUUUGGUGAUGCCCAAAUGGGUUUUUUCAACACCUGCGCACACACGACCAUGAACAGUAGGAGCCCCACAACAGUCCAGCCCUGAUGAACUGUCCUCUUGUAUCUGCAGCCCAACUUUAACCUUAACCUGACUCCCUCCAGCCCCUUACAUCCUAAAAAAAAAACGUCUUCCGCUUUGGAACACCUGGAGUCUCAAAUGUUUCUAUUAGUCAUUACCUCCACUGGAUGGGACUCUUAAGCGUAUGUCCAAACUCUGUUUUUUCAUUGGAAAUAAAAAAAAAAACCUUUACAUAAUAAUAUUGCAUUAAAUGAACUAACAUAAAUUAAUAAUAACUUGCCUACAGUAUGUCAAAGUCAGUGUUUGAUGAGCAUAUUUUUUACUGAAAUGGGUGUAUAUGUUUUGUGACAAUCUGUCAAAAUUGAACAUUUAAUGUCUGCUAAAAGUCACUUUUUGGUUCCAACAGAUUAGAAAUAAUGUUUUGUACUUUUGACAUGUUUCUUCUAUCAAUUUUAUGAUGCACUCCAUGACUAGUGUGACAAAGACCACACAUGACGCAUUUUUAAUGGAGCCAAUUCAGAUGUUAACCACACAGACUUAAGCUAAUCAAAAUUAGCAACAGUGCUAACCUCCAGGUGGAUGAUGUUACAUAUGAAGAUAGCAUAGUUUGAAUGCAGCAAGUCUUUCCUGCUAUACAAUCAUGGAAAUAUCUUCUUUAAUGUAAGUGGUGUUAUCCUGAUUUCUGUUCAGUAUUGACCAAAGAGGAGACAUGUCUUUUGGAAAAGGCUGUAGGUUUGUGUCUGCUUUGUAUUGAACUGUGGCUGAGCAUUUAAGCUCUGCUGUUUUACAACCAAACUCAAGGAAAGUCAAAGGUACACGUGAUGGGCUGAGCACAAAUGUUAAGGAAAGAAAGGAUUUGAAACCUCUUUCUGUAAUGAAAUUACUACUGUUUUUAUCAUCAUAGGUGCUUACUGAUGUUGUGAAACAUUGCUGUUCUUCAGUCCACUUUUUUUAAGUGUCAAUGUUACCACACACAUGCUGCCUCCUUGUAAAACCCACGCACAAAAUGGUCAUGCAGCAAACUACAUAAAGAUUCUGUUUUAAUGUCUUUUCAUUUAUUAUCCGAGGAAAAAUUAUUUAGUGUUUUUUUUUUUUAACCCUGUCGAGGUUUGAGGAUGAAUAAUGUGUUCCCAGCUGAAAUUUUGAAAUUCUUAAUUCAAUGUCAGCAGGCUGAAUGCUGAAUUGAAUUUGAUUGUAUUAAUUAUUAAAAAUUGGUCGAUUUGUAACUAAA